UAUAAAUACUAUGGAUUCUAUUAUUUCUGCCGCAUCGGUAAUAGCAGCUGGCUUAGCUGUAGGUUUAGCUGCUAUAGGGCCUGGUAUUGGACAAGGAACUGCAUCUGCUCAAGCAGUUGAGGGAAUUGCUAGACAACCUGAAGCUGAGGGAAAAAUUCGUGGAACUUUAUUAUUAAGUCUUGCAUUCAUGGAAGCAUUAACUAUUUAUGGAUUAGUUGUAGCUUUAUCUUUAUUAUUUGCUAAUCCUUUUAUAAAUCAAUAGGAUAUAAAACGCUUAACUUUUAAUUCAAAAGUUAAGCGUUUUAUAUCCUAUUGAUUUAUCAUUGUGUAUAAUAUUAAUAUAUUAUUAAUCAUUAUU